UCCGAACGGCGUGAACUCCCAGCUGACUCGACCUGUGGCGCCGUUGAUUUCACACAGGCAGUUGUACAAAAGGAAAGGUAAAAAAGUGUUCGACGCGUUAAAUUCUCAGGGAAACGAUUCCUACAAAGUUAUUGCUGAGAGGUUAGAGUUGAUAAUUGUAAUUGAUCUUAUUAAGAUCCAAACGUUCUCAAUAGUUCAUUUAUCAGAGCCAUGGCAGAAGAAGCUCCAGUUAAUCCAAGAGCUUAUCCUCUCGCAAACACCACACUUACCGUGAAAAUACUGAAUGUGGUGCAGCAAGCAGUGGUUUACAAACAUCUCAGGAGAGGGGCUAAUGAAUCAACCAAGACGCUGAACCGUGGCUUAUCGGAGUUUAUAAUUAUGGCCGCAGAUGCACAUCCGUUAGAAAUCUUAUUGCACCUGCCACUUUUGUGCGAAGACAAGAAUGUUCCCUAUGUGUUCGUGCGAAGCAAACUGGCUCUGGGCCGGGCCUGUGGAGUCUCUAGGCCAGUAGUUGCCUGCUCCAUAACGAGCGGAAAUUUGCAAUUAACGUCACAGAUCGGAAUUCUACACGGAGAGAUAGAACGGAUUUUAUAAUAGUUUAUGCUUAAAAUUCGCGCAUUCAUUUUAUACUUUAUUAUUCAUGAGAGGAAGCUGUCUAUAUUUUCAUCAUCAUCAUCUUGUACAUACCGAUAAAAUAGUCUUUUAUAGAGAGAUGAGCAAAACUUAUAAGAGGCUGAUCAUGCAAUUUAAUUUUGCAAUUUUGUAUUCACGACAUUAAUAAAUAUUAUAUCAAA